CCAAUGGGACAUGUAGAAAAAGGGGUGCUAGUCACACAUUGUGGGGAAGGGGCCAGUGGAAACAACUGAGAGGCCAGGGGAGAGACUUGGGAUGAAUUUGAACUCCACGGAAGGUCUGCUUGACACCUGCUUUGGAAUUCUUAUCCCUCAGUGAGGUGGAUAAAGCUCAGACCCCUGCUCCUUUUCAGAUAGGGAUGGCCUCAGUCAGACUGAGGUGUCUGUGCCUACUGACAGAGGGGGGCAGCUGUGAUUGAUGAACCCGCUUUCACGCUGAGGGUCCAGAGUGGAAGGAGACCCCCCUAGAUGAUAGACUUCUGUAGAGUCUGUAUCCUCAGAUCUCCUGCCUGCAGCUUCUCCCACUGUUCGGAAUCCCCGAGCAGGGCAUAAGGUCUGUCCCUGUCUUGUACCUGUCAGUUUCCACUAUAUCUGUAUUCUCAGCACAGGAUUCGGGCAUCAACAUGAAUCGCAUCCUGUUAACCUUGAUGAUGGUGACUGGUGGUGUUUCAUUUGUUAGUGAAGACUUGGAAGGGUUAAAUCAUCUUCUCUACUUAUUUUACCUGAAUUCAAGUUAUCAGUCCUGUGUGGGGACUCUGAUUGCCCCUCAGUGGGUGUUGACAGCCGCACACUGUUUCUUACCAGAUCUUUGCGUCAUCUUUCAUGAUAGUUCUGCAAAUCUUCGAGACUUUCAUGGGGAGAUUUUACCUUAUGAGAAGAUCAUUAUUCACCCAAACUUCACUGCCACCUCUCCUAAAAAUGACCUCAUGCUGAUAAAGUUGACUGUACCUUUCACUUUCUUCUCCACCAAUAUUUUUCAGUUGCCUACUCUCAAGAAUGCAGUUAAAGAUUGCUUGAUUCACACUUGGUUGAAGACUAAUGACUUUAUUGGAAAUUCACAUAGUAAGCUGCAAAGGGUCACAACUCAAUUGAACUUUAAUGUAAACUGCAAAAUAAUACUGGGUGAAAAACUCCUUGAAGACAUGUUCUGUAUGGGACCCACACUGGGAAGUCAGGAUCGCUGCCAGGUGGUCACAGCUGCACCAGCCAUAUGUGGUGGUGAAUUACAAGGACUUUUGUCUUGGGAAACCGGAUGUAUUCUAACAGGACACAUUGUUGUCUUCACUGACCUACACAGCUACGUGCCAUGGAUCAAGAACAUUAUCUCUACAAAAUAAGCUGAUGUAGAGCUCCAUUGAUACCCUUACCCCCAGCUGAUCCACGGCAACCACAUUAUGUAUCACAGUCCCAGUCUUUCCUAGGAUCUAGGCUUGAUUAGUGUUUUAAAAGAGAUGGAUGAUUCCUGGGUGUUGGUGUGA